CCAUCCACAGAGAGAAUAUUACCACCGAUAGAAGCUGUAGUACUAUUUGGUGAACCAGUAAGGUGGGAGACCAACUUACAGCUCAUUCUUGAUGUGUUGAUGACAGACGGUCAGUUGGAACUCAAACCUUUAACAGUACCACGGCCACAUAUCCCAAUCUUAGGCUGUAAUAUGGAUCUCCUGUGGAUGGCCGAGGCACAUCUACCAAGGUUGGGACAUGGUUCAUUUCUCCUUUGUCUAGAAGCACUGUACAAGAAAGUAACAGGGCAUGAUCUUAGAUACACGGUGUUGACAGGGAAGCCAAGUCAGAUCACAUACCACUAUGCUGAGCAUGUACUCAAGCAACAAGCUAGGACUAUGGGCAUUCAACAAAGUGUGAGGACACUUUAUGCUAUUGGUGACAACCCAAUGACAGACAUCUACGGUGCUAAUCUUUACAACCAUUACCUGACGUACAUGAACAUGAGCCGUGUAAAGAAGUCCAUGAGCAUAGGUAGCUCCAUGAACGACCCUGGUGACAAAUACAGACCUUCCCUUGGCGGUACGCCCGGCAGUGAUUUCCAUGACUCCUCGAUUAACCUAGACAAAGACUGGAAUGACAUCAUUGCAGAAGAAGGAGCUGAAAGCAUCGAGUCGAUCCUUGUAUGUACUGGUGUGUACUCUAAAAGAGACAGUGUGGAGAAGAUAGAACGUGAUUCAGACCUUGAUCUUGAUCAUGGCCACAGGGACUUUAAACAUGAUCCUGACCUUCUACGACCUUCCAUUGAAGUCCAAGAUGUAUUAGAGGCAAUAGAAGAGAUAUUCAAGAUUGAAAAAUUUUCUUGACCCUUGUCAGGAUUCAUUUACUAUGUUGUCACUUCACCAAAUAUUUUCUAUUGUUCGACACUUGUGGGCUUUCAGUGUUAGUGGAGGUGUUUCGAUGUACGUGUGUGUGCGCAUUGAGAAUGGAAUACGUACUCCUCUAUAGUAAACCCCAAUAAAGAUGAAGAAUGAUUGAGAGCAUUUUAAUAUUUCAAAUGAGUGCAUGCCAAUGUCCUUUUAGAUGAUACUUUAUUUUGGUUUUUUGUGGCAUCCUAGCUGUCAUUAGACUUUCCUAUUUUUGGCAGCUUAAUUCCCUCAACUGUACAAAUACACUCCCCAAGACCCUGUUCCAUGAAACAUUUGCAAAUUACUAUUUUGACUAUAUAUAGUGGUGCUAAAAAGUUGAUGAACCCCACCAGAAAAUGAAAAUAUUCAAAAUGUGUUCAAGUUCUGUCAUCUUUUAGAUAUUUAUUUGUGAAGUCAAGUGAUAAAUAUUUCAUUCAAUUCAGUUUGUUUCUCAAGGCUCACCGGACAUUGUAGUGUUGUUGUCUUUUUCUGAUGGGGUUCACUAACGUGCUAGCAACACUGUAAAUAUAUAUUCUUUUUCUAUUCCCUUUUUUUCAGCAAAUUAAAUUUCAUUUUUGUUAAAAUCGAUUGUUUUCAUUAAACUUCACAAUUUUUAGCUCAUCCGGCCCAAUGCCAUGGCAUCCAUCAUCUGUCGUCCAUCCACAAUUUCUUCGUCAUUUCAAGUCCGAUUUUAAUUCUGUUUGCUAUAUAUGAUAGCACUAGGUGGGGAUUCAAAACUUCUGCACAGAA